UCCAAGGGUUCUUACUCACGGAACUUUUGAACUUUUUUUGGAAGGUUUUAUUGAAUCAUCGUGGUUCUAGUAUGAAUCUAAGGUUUUAAUUGAUUCAUAGGGUCUUAACAAGAAUCCCUAUCAAUAAUAAAGAAAACAAGAGUACAGUCGCAUUACACACAAAUCAAAGGAAAAAAUAGGUAAAUAGAAGAUUCAAGAGGCCCCUGAUGAUCAAUAUAAAUACGAAUGAGCHGACUUGAUAUUUGGGCAUUAUAACUACAAAGAAGACUUUUCGGAUUUUGAUUCUUUUGUAUCUUCAAAGAAAUAUUGAAUCAUAGCAUUAAGAAGUUUGAAACUUUUUAGUACACAUAUCCAUUAUGAGCUGUAUUUGGGUGUUUCUGUUUGAGCCGUACGAGACAAAAUUCUCAUAUAGGGUUCUCAGAGGGGGUUCCCCUUGGUUUACCUAUCUCAAUAAAGUGUAUGAUUGGUUCGAAGAACAUYUUGAAAUUCAGGCRAUUGCAKAUGAUAUAACUAGCAAAUACGUUCCUCCUMAUGUCAAYAUAUUUUAUUGUCUAKGAGGAAUUACGCUUACUYGUUUUUUAGUACAAGUAGCUAYGGGGUUUGCUAUGACUUUUUACUAUCGUCCGACCGUUACUGAGGCUUUUGCUUCUGUUCAAUAUAUAAUGACGGAAGCUAACUUUGGUUGGUUAAUCCKAUCAGUUCAUAGAUGGUCGGCAAGUAUGAUGGUCUUAAUGAUGAUYCUGCACRUAUUUCGCGUGUAUCUUACUGGUGGCUUUAAAAAACCUCRUGAAUUGACUUGGGUUACUGGUGUGGUUCUGGCUGUAUUGACUGCAUCCUUUGGUGUAACUGGUUAUUCCUUACCUCGGGACCAAAUUGGUUAUUGGGCAGUCAAAAUUGUAACAGCCGUACCGGAAGCUAUUCCAGUAAUAGGGUCGCCUUUGGUAGAGUUAUUAUGCGGAAGUGCUAGUGUGGGACAAUCUACCUUGACUCGGUUUUAUAGUUUACACACUUUUGUAUUACCUCUUCUUACUGUUGUAUUUAUGUUAAUACACUUCCCAAUGAUACGUAAGCAAGGUAUUUCUGGUCCUUUAUAGAGAAUAGAAAUCAUAGAUUUGUAAUAAGUUAUUUAUGAUUACUUGGGGGA